GCUUUAAUUUUGAAGCCGGGGUCAUUCCUCCCAUUCUCGUCGAUCUCUGGCGGAGGCAGCGACCGCUCAGGACCGUGUGGGAGGGUUAAUCUCGUUUCAACCGUGGACGCGAUGAGGCUCCGUUUGGCCGGAGCCGUGCUGCUGUCAGCGGCCGCCUACUACGUCUACCUGCCGCUACCGAGCGGAGUUAGCGAGCCGUGGAAACUGAUGUUGCUGGACGCGCUUUUCCGGAGCUUCAUGAAGGCGAGUGAUGUAGCUCAUGCGAUGGGCGUGUGCCACCGCGUCCACGUGUUGAACCGGGUGGUGUCCUGGGUGGAGGUGAUUGAGGCUCGCUCCAGCCCCGCCGUGAACGUCACGGACUCCGCGCUGGGAGGCGUGCCCACCCGGGUGUUUCAUCCCAUCGGAGGGGAGAAGCUGAAAAGAGGAGUUAUUUAUUUCCACGGUGGCGGCUGGGCCCUCGGCAGCGGACGAAUGCGCUCCUAUGACCAUCUUUGCCGGAAGAUGGCGGAGGACCUGGAUGCCGUCAUUAUGUCAGUUGACUACCGUCUUGCUCCAGAGGCCGUGUUCCCAGAUCAGUACCAUGAUGCAAUAGCGGCGUCGCGGGCCUUCCUGUCCACUGAGGUUUUAGAGCACUACAGCAUCGAUCCCGAGAGGGUGUGUGUGUCGGGAGACAGCGCUGGAGGAAACCUGGCUGCCGCUGUGGCGCAAAAGCUCAGCUCAGAUGACACCCUGAAGGUGAAGUUCAAGGUCCAGGCGCUGAUCUACCCCGUGCUGCAGGCGCUCGACUUCCACACCCCAUCCUACCAGCAGAACCAGGCCGUGCCCAUCCUCUACAGGCCCGUCAUGGCUCGCUUCUGGCUGCAGUACCUGGGCGGCAACACCUCCUUGGAGCCUCUCCUGCUCGCCAACAACCACAGCUCUCUGGACGAGUCGAGCAUCAGCGCCGAGACUCGCUCGAAGCUGAACUGGACCGCUUUGCUGCCGACUGAGCGCAGGAAGCACUUCCGGCCGGUGCUUAAAGAAACCGGGUCACCUGGUGUGGUGGGCGAGGUGCCGGGGCUCACGGACGUGAGGGCGUCGCCGCUGCUGGCGGAGCAGGGCGUUCUGGGUAGGACGCCUAAGGCGUACGUGAUGACUUGUGAGUUUGACGUGCUCAGGGAUGACGGCUUAAUGUACGCCAGACGUUUGCAGGACGCUGGCGUCACGGUGACCAGUGACCACUAUGAGGACGGCUUUCACGGCUGCAUGGUGUUUGCGUAUCUGCCGAUGAUGUCGAGCGUGGGACGGAGGAGCAUGAACAACUACAUCCGCUGGCUGGACCAAAAUCUGUAGGAAAAAAAAUCGUAGUUUCCACUUUGUGGUAUGAAAGAUGAGCUGGGGCAGAAAUCUGGGAUGACUCGAAAAAAACAUGAUCAUAGCUGUUAAAACAUCCCAGCUUGAGCCAAGAAGGUCAAAGGUUAGAUCCACUGUGUCGAUGCGGAGGCGUCCGUUUAGCACAUUAAAGUUUAAAACCACUGGACCUAUAAAUCUACAAUCAAACACGCCACCGCACAUCCUCAGUGUGUCCUGACACCAAAACGUCUUCAAGCAACUGUGACCAAAGAAAGUUUUUAUAUAGAAACAUCUAUAUAAUUAAUGGCAAACUUAUAAAGACAGGUUUUAUACUUAUCACCUUUAUUUAUUAGUUUUAAAAUGGAAACGAGUAGAAAACUACAAAUAUAAACAUAUAAGAAACUUCUUUAUACAAUAAUAUUCGCUGAAAACCCCUAAAGCUUAACACAUUGUGCCAUAGCAGCAUACAACAGUCUUGUGAUUCGCUGGCAGGUGAUUCAUUAAAACAAACGGCUAACGCUGCAGCAGUUUUGGCCCACAGUGUAAUUACUGCUGUCAGUUAGUGGGUCAGUGCAACAGCAGGAAAACUAAGAGCGGCUCUUGUUUUACUCAGCAGUAAAGCAAAUUAUCAUAAUUCGGCAUCAUCACUGCCAGAUGCACAGCUACACGGCGGUAUUUUUGCUCCACAGCUCCGCCCAUAAAAGUCAAAAGUCAAACCUGGUUUAAAUUGGGCCGAUCUAACCCUUCAAGGUCGCCUCCUCAGGCAGCGAUCAGUUAGAUUGCUCCCCAGGAGUCCAAUUCUGACCAUUUGGACUUUUCUGCAAUGCUCUCUGGAUCUACUCCACUGUGUGAAAAUGGGGACCUUAGAACUUGAAUGGUGGUGAGUAGAGUAGCUGAUGAUUAGAAACCACCAAACCAUGUGGCUACUAAAAAAACGCUUUUAAAUGCUUUGAGUCAGCACAGUUGUAACCCUCAGGAGAUUAUCGUAGAGUUUGCAUGAUUGCAGUCUGCCACGGGGGAGAGAUUCACGGUGUAUAACCCCGUGAGUGUCGUAAAAAAUGACAAGCUUGCUCCUGUGUGUGGUUUCAACUUCCACUAAAACCGUUUAAUUUCUGAGUCUUAACUUAAAACCUUGUCGUACGCCACUUUGUAGCUGACGGUCAGUGAUUAGGGGAUGUUUCAGGCUUAAUUUAUCCCUCUAAUGUCAGCCGCAGUCAGCUGUAUCAUUAGUAGCCACUUUAGUCACUCAAACUAAAGAUACAUUUAAAUCUGGACCUGCUAAUGUGCAAACUUGUGAAUUUCACUGACAUUUUCUCAUGUCUGGUCACCGCAUCCCUGCUAGUUCUCAUCUUAAUAUCUGAUCUCAGUGAUGCUAAGAAGUACAAAUCAGUUAAAUGUGAAUCAAAGGUUUGAUAUUUAUCAUAGUCAGGUAUGCUUUUUGAUUUUUAUUAGCAAAGUUCCUCUGAAAACGAUAUAAAAUAUACAUAUUAACACUCAGACUUGAGAAAACACUGGAUACUAAAUAUUGAAUUAUUAUUAUUUUGUUAUUUUUUUUAAACACGGCCGAGGUGGUGAAAAAACGUUUUAUUUAGUUUAAGAAGUGCAAGAAGAAACGACACAGCCACAGCUUAACCGUGCUGAAGGAUAAUCUGUGGCUUAUUUCCAACAUUUCCUGCCAUCAGUUGCAUUUUCUCUGGGUCGUUUUAACCCUCAGAGGCCUAAAUAUUCCAGCUGCCCUGCUCCCAACCUAAAGCCUGUAAUUUACAGGAUAAACAAACAGACUUCUGUGACAAGAAAUGAAACAGUUCUUCUUUAACGUUAGACCGUUUAGUGCGUUUUUACUUGAUUGCUGUGAGUUAGGCUUUUUUAAAAGCAGAAAAUCACACGUUCUGAUGGCUGAUAACUUAAACCUCGCAAGUUUGAUAACAAAGUGACGUCAUUUGCUGCAAAUUGGGGUUUUUUUUUUGCAGCAGGAAGUUUGACUUUUUGGGUGACAUUCAGGAUUGAAAUGACUGAAAACAUUCGAUUUCAUUUUCAGCAUAAUUAUGAAGAGAAACGACAACAGGCCCAGCUGGCCUGUAGUACGGCUCAAAAUUCCUCAGAUAUGAUGUUUUAUGAUGUAACGAGACACUGAAGACACACACACACACAAAGCCAGACAGUCGGGCUUAGUGUGUGUGUGUUGUAAAAGUAUGUCAGAGUUCACAGCUGUGUAUACUCACUGGGUUGUGCAAUAAUGUAUGUCUCAAACUGUCUCUCAAUCUCUGUAACUUCACUCUCAGAUGACCACUGGACCACGGGGCCAAUGCAAUGAUGAACGCUGUGAAUUAUUACUUUUUAAACAAGAGUAAAAUUGCUCUAUCGCCACGAGAGAAUCGGUCCCAAGCGGAAUAUCACGUUUCCCGCUCGCCCGGUGCUGCUGGCUCAAAACAAAUAUAAUGAACUGACGGCGGUGAAUGACUCGCUGUUGGCGUUCAGCCCGACUGGAGCAGGAACGCCGAGCUGAGGGUGGUCAUUACACCCCUCGAAUUAUUCCACAGAAAUGUAAUUUUCUUUCUCUCCUUUAAAGGAAAUGAUUCCAGACGUCUUAUUUCUAACAUGUGGCUUUUAUUCACGUACAUGUAUAAUGGUAUAACUCAUCUAUAAAUUAGACACGCGGGCUUGCGGUAAAGUAAGUCUGAGUGCUGUCAUUUUAAUUCUGUAUGUGAAAUUAUGCGUUUAAUGGGUUCACAUUGUAUAAAUAAGGUUUUAAUGCGAGUCGGGUUAUGCAACAGGUUGUUUCAGGCGAGCCGAUAUGGAAAACCGGGCCCAGAUGUGCUCCUGCAGUGCUGGUAAAUCUCGUAAAGGAGCUGUUUUAUUGGCUGCUGUCACAACUGUGCAGGGAGGAUGAAGAGGUUUCCUUUUAUGUUAUCUAUGUUUUUAUUUCCACUCUGUGCUUGUUGUAAUCUGGGUUUUAAUUUUCUGUCCGUGCACGUGUCAGUGCGGGAGAGCCGUGACACUCCUGGAUAAGUUUUUAAGCUGUGCUCAGCAGCACCGGGUAGAAGAGCAACAUAAUGGUUUGUUAUCUACAUCUGCUGUUAUUCAAAAAAGCCAAGAUCCAGACCCAUAAAUCAUUUAUAACUUUACUGAUGUUGAUAUGACUGCAGCUGAAAUUCAGGUUCAGGUUUUGGUAACACUGUGCUUUAAUUAACCGUCCUGCUGAGCAUGUAAAAGCAGCAUAGAAAUGAUAUCAGACACAGUGAAGUACUACUGUCAGAGUGCUUUUUAAACUGUUUUUUCUGGCAUAUCGCUCUUCAAGUCACAACCCAUAUGUUUUUGACCAUUAAAGGUACUGUACU